ACACCAUCAUCAUCUUUGCAUUUGACUUCACUGAAUGAAAGAUAGAGAGGCUAAAAAGCGAGGGAAGGAUUGAAGGAAGACUGAAGGCGGCGGUCAUUUUGGUGGUGACCGGCGGAAGGGGCGGAGAUCGACGUUUGGCGGCGAACUGCGGCGAAAUCCGGCGGAGUUCUUGUCGGAACGGCGGCAAAUUUUCAGUUCUCUUCAUCAGCAGAGCUGAGAGCUUCCCUCCCAAAAGAGUAUACACUAGAAGAAGGGGAUAAUGGAUUCGGGUUCGGGGGAUGGAGGGUCAGGGUUUCCGACGACAGACGACUUCGAAUCCCUGAUUUCGACUACCGACGCGGAGCUGAUGAAGCGAGCUUGGCGGAACGAGAAGGGUGCUCCCGAAAUUCUUCAAUUUGAGGCUGCUCUUGUCCAGAGAUCCCGGGAACAGAUCCAGUUGAUGGAGGAAACAGUGGAGGAAUACACAAAAAGUGGUGUUGAUCCACUCACAGUAUCGCUUUACCAGAUGGACCUGGACAGAACUAUGUUUCUAUUAAGAUCAUAUCUGAGAACUCGUCUCCAAAAGAUAGAAAAGUAUGUGUUUCACAUCCAAAAAAGUGAUGAAUUUUGGAACCGUUUAUCUAAACAAGAACAAGAAUUUGGUCAAAGGUGUGCUGAAGAUCUACAGACACAUUUUGAACAGUCUGUGCUCUCAAAAUUGCCACCAGGUUUCAAGUCUCAUUUGAAGCAAUCUUCCGUAAGUGAGCAGGAUGACAUGGUCCCCGAGCCACGGCUGGAGCAUUAUGUGAUUUGCAGGAGCAAGAGGUUUUUGGGAGCUUUUCAGCUGGAUGACAGUGGGGAGGAUCCUGUAAGCAUUGAAGCGGACGAUUUAUAUGCUUUGCCUUACAAGUCUGUAAAGCCGCUGGUUGAGAAUGGGCAGAUAGAUAUUGUAUGAGCAUUUCAGAGCAGAGCUUUGCUGCUAAGCAUAUACAUGGAGUAUUUGGUUGAGUUUUUCCACGCCUCAAAAUCUUGCCAGAUUUAUCUCCUCCUUCUCAAAAGUUCUUCAAACCAGUUAUUACUCGCAUUAGGUAUUUAGGUGUGCCACUAUAAUUUGGUACACUGUAAUUUGGUUGUAAAGGAAUUGAAAUUCAAUGAACAGGGUGAAUUACAUUGUUUGGUUGG